CAACCCUAAGUGCGGUCGGAGCCCGUGGAAGAGGAAUGGCCAUGCUCCUAGGCCAAUGGGCCUAUGUUUGACCCAGCUUUUAGAAGUGUUUUUCGGCUUCAAAAGCUGAAGCAAACCCGAACGCCUCUAAAAGCUCGGUUUUUGAAAAGCCAAAAAGCGCUUUUGUAUAACAUAAAAGCAGAAGCUCCGAUUUGGAGUUUCUGCGAAAAGUUGUUUUGAAAAUACAAGAUUAUCUUUUCCAUGUUUUAAUUUUAUUUUAGAAAAUAUAAUUUUUUCAUUUAUAUUAUUUUAAAAUAAAAUAAAUUAUAAAAUUAUAUUAUUUAAUAUAAAAAAACCUAACAACAUCCAUUUGUACUACUUUUUAUUCUCUAUAAUCGGUGGAUGACAGAGGCUACUGUUUCUCCAAUCAAGGAGAAGAACUCGGAUCAAUAUAUAAAAUAACCAAAUCUUUACUUACCGGUGUAAUCACUGCCAUCCAAGACGGCCAAUUGUCAUUGAGCAAGUGACCGGCCAAAAUCCCAACUUGAUAAAGGACAUCACCGUCAUCGUUUUGCUCUCUUCAAAUUUUGAUUCAUCGGCAAUCCAAAAUCGAAGAAUAGUAAGACGUAUGGCACGAGUAGACUAGGUCAAUGCGAGAAGCAAUAUUGUAGGUAUAUACCUAGCUAGCUCCUCCGCCAUCAAUAAAGACAAUUAACCAAAGAAUUGGUCCCCCAAAAAAAAAAUUGGAAUUAACGUCUUAAUCUUUCACGUUUUGGACACAUUUCAUACGAAAUCGACUGCAAAAAGAAUCAAUCCAAUUGAUAAUUUGACGUUAAUACACUUGGAGUGACAACGUAUAGGCAUUUACUUCGUGUAAAAAAGACCCAUCCAUUCUCUUCUAUACCCCUAUAAAUAUAAAACCCUCUUCAUCAUAAACUCAACUCAACUCCAAAGUCUUAAUUUCGUACUCUCAACGAUGCAUACUCCAUUCCUACUUCUCGUUGUCCUCGUUCUUCUCACCACCUUCUCGUCCUCCUGCUACGCGGCCGACUUCUGCGUGGCCGACCUGACCGGUCAACAGACGCCUUACGGGUACCCAUGCAAGAACCGGGCCAAUGUCACCGCAGCCGACUUCGUGUUCUCCGGGUUUGUCAGCCCGGGGAACACCACGAACCCGAACAAGCUAGCCUUGACGCGAGCCUUCGUCAACCACUUCCCGGCUCUGAACGGGUUGAACCAGGCAGCGGUCCGGGUGGACAUGGAGCCGGACGGCGUCGUCCCGCUCCACAGCCACCCGUACUCGUCGGAGAUGGUGUUCGUGGUGGAAGGCAACGUCACCAUGGGGUUCAUCUCCGGCCUGGACUCCAACAUCUUGUACGCCAACAAGUUGAGCAAAGGGCAGGUGAUGGCGAUCCCGCAAGGGUUUCUUCAUUUCCAGCACAACAGCGGGAGCACCAACGCCGUCCUUUUCGUCUCUUUUGCGAGCUCGGAUCCCGGUGUCCAGUUUACCACUGGCGCGUUGUUCAGGAACGCGUUCCCGUCUUUCCUGGUGGAGAAAACUACUGGAAUUAGUCAGGCUGAAGUGAAGCAGCUCAAGGCUCGUUUUGGUGGCACUGAAUGAUUUCUUUUGUAAGAUAUGAUUAUCGGCGAAUUGAAGGUCUUCAUUUCGUUUCUCUGAGUUCAAAACUUUAAUUAAAGACGAUUUUUGUAACCUUUGUCAUGGAAAUUUCGAAUUUUAUAUGUAAUACGGGUUAAGGGUCGAUGUUUUGCCUGCAUUCUGGUUGAUUUGUUGGAUAAAAAAAUUAUUUUUCUUUGAAUUUUUUUAGUAUACUACGCAAUUAAAUUCCGGUGAGAAACCAAUAAACACAUAAAUAUGUAUCUAAGAAAGAAACAACAAGGUUCUAUGGUCUAGUGGUUAGUAUAUUGGACUCUGAAUCCAGUAAAAAUAAAAAUAAUCAUCUCAGAAACCGGCAAAGAAGCAUGAAAGCCUGUCAAUAGGGUAUCGAGUCGACAAGAUAUAUAAUUUGAUUAAUUCGUUGGCAAGACAUGCUUGAUAGCAGGUGAUCCUCUUGCAUGAUCGAGUUUUAAAUUUAUAAGUCGAUGCACACUAUCUAUUCAAUUCUAACUAAGCCAAGCAUAACAUAGCUAGGGUUGUAGCAAAGUGGCUCUGUCGUAUUUCAAGGGCACCCUAAAUUUAUUAUUACUUCGCUCCGACUACUAUCUAAUCGAAUCUGGAGUUUGGGUGAAAGAUCUAACCUAUCCUACUCCUAGCUAUGGUUGUCAUGUAGGUAGGGGUGGCUAUAUGGUCCGAUCCGGUUAAAUUGGAUCAAAUUGAUCCGGUCCCAGUCCGGUCUUUUCGGGAAUAUAAGGACCAAAGAUUGGAUUGGAUACAGUCCGGUCUUGAUCCGGUCUGGUCCCAAUUUUAUCUUGAUUUUUUGUGUUGGGGGUCUCUUAUCCGGUCUUUAUCUGGUUUUUUUACCCCAAAUCUAAGCCCGAAUAUGAGAUUGCAUUGUUUGCUAUCAGGUCCCAGUCCGGUCCCGGUCCGGGUUAUACGGUCCGGUUUCGGGUAAAACCAAACAGUCCGAGACCAAAUAGCCAGCCCUACAUGUAGGGUUAAGAACAUGUGGUGGGUGAGCUCUUUUCCUUGGGCCUUCGUGAUUAUCAUCACGCCUCCGAGUACUCCUCCCCUAAACCCAUGUAAGUCUCUUCGAUCUAGGCUAUCGUAUUUGGGGAUUUAAAACAUAGCUCCUUUCAAUUGGUACUAUCCACCGACCAAGGUUUCAUCCCGAGUUACAUCUAGGAAGGAAUUCUUAUGGCAUGGGUACGGUCGCCUCGUGCACCACAAGUUCCUAUUGAUUCAUCUAACCCUAAUCUGUCAAAUGACGCAUACCCGUCUAACUCUAAAACUUCAUAUGCACCGUAGAAGAUCAAGUAGGCUUGUAGAAAAGAUUAGGACGACUUACCCAAGCACAAUUAAAGCUAGAGAAGUAGUAAAAUCAACUAGAUAGACACAUUCAUUCAAAACCCAUACAUACACAACCUAUAAACUAGUGUUCAUCUUCCCUAAACAACCAUUAGAGAUUUAAAUCAUAGAGAGAGAGAGAAAACACAAACUAGAAUAGGGGGAGUGAUGAAAUCGAUCUUCUUCUCCUUGCUUGCACCUUCUUCUUCCUCCUUAGGUGGAUUGGAUCUUCAAUGAAACUCUCUCAAGGUGUUUCCCUCUCCAUUUGUGCCAUUUUACGUACCUAAUUCACAUGUAUCAUCUAAAACAUCCUAGAAUGACAACAUAAUAAAAAGCGAAUGAAAUAGGGAUGCAAUUGACGACAAACUUUCGAUUAUGCACACGAAUUAAUACGAAACAAACCUAAAUAUGAAGAAUAAAUAACACUCAUUUAGGUGUUAUCAGUAGGGCAGUGGGGUACCAAGCCAGCAGGACAAGCUUACCUUGCCUCCAAGCCUACAAGACAUGUUUGGUAUUAUGGAAGUAUUAAAAGGUGCCAAAUCGAUGUGAUAGGAUUGGUUCCAACAGGGUAUCAAGUCGGUAGGGCGGCAAGCUACCAACUUAAUGAGGAUCCAAAAAACUAAAUAUAGAGAUCAAAGUGAUAAGGUGCCAACCCAAUGAGGAGGUGCCAAAGUUUCCAAUAGGCCGCCAAGGUACCAACUUGACGAGCUCUAAAAAACUAUAAUCACCACUAAGACCAAUUUAACCGGACCGGACCUUAUAGCCACCCCUAGGAGAAGACAUCGUUUGAGUAGAUUAGCUACAAUUUUUUUUAAUCCAUGGUAUGCUAGUGCAAUUAAGCAUGCAUUAUUUCGAUUAAUCACGUCUCACAUUGAUUAAUUGUGUCUAAUUUUGCUUAAGCAUCGAUUCAGCGUUAUGAAUGCCUAUUGUCUGCCUAGAACCUAGAUGAUGCGUUUCGUUAUUGCCCAGUGCCUAAGCGCGCCUAGCCGUACUCAGAAUUAUGCUUUUUUGAACCCUGAUUUUAUGUAUUUGGGCAGGGAGAAAAUGUUAGUUAUAUAGAAGAACAAUCGUUUCUAUAUAUAAACAUGAAGUUGAGUUACUUGUUGCGUAAUUAUUCACAUUUUAAUACCCCAAAUUUAAUUAAAUCACAACUUAGUCACUAUAGUGUACAUUUUAUAUUUAGAUACACCAUAUUUAAUUUUAAUAUAAAGUCAUUGAACAAUUAUGUUUGGUAUAUAAAUUUUAUGAGAUUUUCGUACCAAAUACCCAAAUUUAAUUAAAUCACAACUUAGUCACUAUAAUGUAUAGUUUAUAUUUUGAUACGCCAAAUUUAAUUUUAAUGUAAAAUCAUUGAACAAUUAUGUUUUGGUAUCUAAAUUUUAUGAGAUUUUCGUACCUACGAUUUUUCAAAUUUACAUAUUGGUCCAAUAUUUAGAUUUCACUUGAAUUCAUGAAUCCAAUCUACCAAUUCUUUUGAACCAAUCCAUGAAUCCAAUCCAAUAUAACAUAAGAGUAUACAUUUAGUCUGUACAAUACAAUAUGUUGUACCACUCAAUUGUAGGAGAAGAUUCAACCAUUUUAUAUUUGCUCAUAAUGUGAAAUAUUAAAUAAAUGAUAAAAGAGAGACGACUCUAAAAUAUUGCAUGAGCGAACUUAUAAACUCAUUUAAUAUAUUUACGAGAUACUAAACAAACUUCUACUAACUACAUGUAACAAAAUAUGUGACAUCUACAUAAGCAAGUGUCAAUAAAUUGCUACGGUGAAAAUGAUUGACUGUUGUAUUGACGACCAACUAAAAGAAUUGAUCAAAACAUUCCAUCAUCUACUUCCUCUUCAUUUCAUUUUUCACUCGCCUUCCAUAACCUUUUUUUUUUUUUUGCCUUCUUCGUCUAACCCUAAUCAGUAUACUAUUUUUAUGUAUUCUAAUCACAAGUAUGAACGGGUCCACACACGACUCACCAACAGUUUAGAGAAUUAAUAAUUGAACCAUGA